GGCGGCGGCGACGGCGGCGGCGACGGCGGCGGCUCCUCAGUGUCCGGCUCAAGCUCCGGCUGCAGCUCUGGCUCGCGAUGCCCCACUCGGUGACCCUGCGCGGCCCUUCGCCCUGGGGCUUCCGCCUGGUGGGCGGCCGGGACUUCAGCGUACCCCUCACCAUCUCGCGGGUCCAUGCUGGCAGCAAGGCUGCCCUGGCUGCCCUGUGCCCUGGAGACCUGAUCGAGGCCAUCAAUGGUGAGAGCACAGAGCUCAUGACACACCUGGAGGCGCAGAACCGCAUCAAGGGCUGCCAUGACCACCUCACACUCUCCGUGAGCAGGCCUGAAGGCAGGAGCUGGCCCAAUACCCCAGAGGACAGCAAGGCUCAGGCACACAGGAUCCACAUCGAUCCCGAGGCCCAGGAUGGCAGUCCAGCGACAAGCAGGUGGCCCUCAGCCACGGGGCUUGGGCCAGAAGAUGGCAGGCCAGGCCUGGGAUCUCCUUACGGGCAGUCACCUCGCCUCCCAGUCCCUCACAAUGGCAGCAGCAGUGAGGCUACUUUACUGGCCCAGAUGGGCACCCUGCACGUGUCUCCACCCCACAGCACUGACCUGGCCAGAGGCCUUUCGCGGAGCCGCGACUGCGGAGUAGACCUGGGCUCAGAGGUGUACAGGAUGCUUCGGGAGUCGGCCGAGCCCACGGCUGCGGAGCCCAAGCAGUCAGGCUCCUUCCGCUACUUGCAGGGCAUGCUAGAGGCCGGCGAGGGCGGGGAACGGCCCGGGCCUGGCGGCCCCCGGAACCUCAAGCCCACGGCGGGCAAGCUAGGCGCUCCGCUGAGCGGCCUGCAGGGGCUGCCGGAGUGCACGCGCUGCGGCCACGGCAUCGUGGGUACCAUCGUCAAGGCGCGGGACAAGCUCUACCACCCCGAGUGCUUCAUGUGCAGCGACUGCGGCCUGAACCUCAAGCAGCGCGGUUACUUCUUUCUGGACGACCGGCUCUACUGCGAAAGCCAUGCCAAGGCGCGCGUCAAGCCGCCUGAGGGCUAUGACGUGGUGGCGGUGUACCCCAAUGCCAAGGUGGAACUCGUCUGAGCCGCUCCCGGAACCUCCCGUCCCCGACUCUGCUUUUUUUAACGUCCCCGCGCACCCGUGUAAAUAUGUUUGCGCCCUGCCUCUCUAAUAAACUCCCUCUGCUUGGCCUCAA